AUGGCUGAUACCAGUGAGGUCACUAACAACCAGCUGUUGGAACUCAUGCAAGCCAUGAGAGAAGACAUGUCAAAGAACAAACAGCAAACGGAUGCGCGGUUAGAAUCAAUGUCGGUCGAUAACGCAGCACUCCGCGAAGAGUUUGUUCCCGGGAGUACCCCCGGGGGAUAUGAUACUUCUACUUCACGGGGUAAGAGACCUGCGACAGAAGAAAUUCAGCAAAAUGUUAACAGGGAUGCCCCUGUAGAUUUGACCGGUUCUCCAAGAAGUAGACUCCCACAGCCACCACGUUUUCCUGCUGCACCUUUCGCGGGACCCACUAUCGCUUCAGUCGCCCAAGCUGCGAUGGCCAAGCAGAUCAUCGAACUACGGGGAGAUAUAGAUAAAUUGACUAAAGCACCUCCUGCUUUGGCCAAAAUUAAUGCCAAUUGCUAUACGGGAUCACCGUUUGUGGACAAUAUAUACCAAACGGAUCUGCCGCACAGGUUCAGCGUCCCGAGCAUGAAGUUAUAUAACGGGACAGAUGACCCCGAGGAUCAUGUGGCUCACUACAAGUUAAAGAUGGGCGCUAUCGCCAUACCGUACGGCAUGCACGAGACGUGCAUGUGUAAAGGUUUUGGAUCAACUCUUACCGGUCCGGCUCUGCGUUGGUACAUCAACUUACCCAACGGCAGUAUUGCUUCUUUCGAGAAGCUAAUCGAGACGUUCAUGGUGCGAUUCUCGAGCAGUCGGAAGAUUCAUAAGUGCUCUGAUGAUUUAUACCGACUGCCCCAACGAGUGGGAGAAUCUCUCUGUGACUUCCUGUCGAGAUUCAACACGGAGAAAGUAUCUAUACCCUAUUGUGACCCAGGAACAACUAUUCAAGCGCUCCGGAGUUGUUUACUCCCAGAUGGGGAGUUUUAUGAAGAACUCACAAAAUGUGAUGUUAGGAGUUACGAAGAAGCUCUGAUGAAAGCUACUGUAUUUGUUUGCUGGGAGGAGGAUGCGAGGAGAAAGCCAGUUAAUCCUCCUAAAGAAGAGAAACGAGAGGACAAACGUCCUAGGAAAGAUCAAUCCACCUUUGGCGAGCCCAGCAGUAACUGGCGCUCCCGCAAAUCUGGAGCAUCAGAUUAUGCGAAAAACUGUCCCGAGUACCCUCUUAAGAUACACCAAGUCGAGGCUGUACAAGUCUUGAAAAGAUGGGCAGCGAGAGGACUUAGAUACGAAGUGGAUUACCUGCUGAAAAGAGGUCACCUCAGAGAGUUGCUUUCUGAGCGCGGUAGAGCAAUCUGGGAAAAGAGGAAAGUUGAUGACCCAGAAGCAUUGCCCCCGCCGCCACCAAUUACUCAAACCUAUUGUGUGAUUUCUGGGGGAUCAGAGAUUAGUGGAUUGUCCCACACCUCUGCCAAGAAGCACGAGAAGGAAGCAGCAAACCCCGCUGCUAGAAUGGCACGUUCCCUUGGAACUUUCACUAAUCAGGUGAUGGUCUUCGCGGACGAUGAAGCUACCCAACUGUUACACCCGCACUAUGAUGCUUUGGUGCUCACACUUCAGGUUGCAAACAUCAACCUGAAGCGAAUUUUAAUUGACAAUGGGAGUUCCGCCAAUGUGUUGUUCUUGGCUGCCUACAAAGGAAUGGGCCUAGAUGAGACCUUGAUAUUACGGAAGUCAACGGCUCUUAUCGGGUUCAAUGGUGAGGUGAGCCAUUUAGUGGGAGAAGUUGUGUUACCCAUCUAUGCUCCAGGGUUGAACAAGCAGACUCGGUUUUCCAUCGUAGAUUCACCCUCUGCUUAUAAUGCUAUUUUAGGACGACCUCGGUUGCACGCGAUACGGGCCGUACCUUCCACAUAUCAUCUAGUCCUGCGCUAUCCUACCAAUAAUGGCGUUAGGGAGAUUUUGGGAGAUCAACAGGAGUUGUUAUAA